UUUAUUGAAUCGAGACAUUAAUUGGAUUAAGGAGGAAUUUCUAGGGCUUGAAAUGAAUAUAGAAUUGUUUAAUUCUCUUUUCACUGUUGGCAUUUCACUGUACUAGUGCUAGAUUCAGAGUUUGAUGUAGAAUUAUUUCAUUCUACAUCGUUAAGAGCAUCAUAAGCUCUCUCUCGAUCGAUCGAGGCACUAUUUGGUUUGAGGAUUAAGUUCAAGAUCUGGAGCUGAAUUUGAACUACUUCAUUCUCUCGUUUUUGCUGUUAUUUCACUGUACUAAUUCAAGAUCACGAGCGUAAUGUAGAAUCAUUCAAUUCGACAGCGUUGGAGCAAGUAAUCAAUCCUGACAGCGUAAGCGUUUCUUCUUCUUCUUCUGAGUGGAGGUAAUAUUUGUUUUGAGGAGGAAAUACAAGAUAAUAUUGAGAAAAGUUAUUUCAUUAUCUUUUGGCUAUUAGCAUUUCACGCUAGUAUCGCAAGGUCUUGAUCAUAACGUAGAACUACUUCACUCAACAGCAUAAGAACAAAUAAUCUGUCCUGACAGAGUUAGUGCAACAUAGUUCAUUUUUUAGGGGAGGCACUGUUUGCUUUGAGUAGGAAGUACUAGAUCUUGAGCUUAAUGGAGAGUUAUUUCAUUCUUCUAUUUGAGCUUAUUGUAGAAUCGUCCCCUUCUCUCGUCUGUCAGCAUAUUUCUCUGUACUAAUCAACAAUUUGUUAGAGUUCCUAACUUUAAAUUGUUCAUUUCGCAGUAUAGAUAUUGUUGUUCUGAGAAUGGACUAGAUAAUUUUCAGGUUGAAGUUUUCGGAAAUUUGAUCAUCCUGCAAUUUCUCUUUAUUUACGAAAUUCUGAUUCUAGUGAGCAUUUUGAUUUUUUAUAAAACAUUUGAUUAAAAUUUUCCAUGAAAAUGGAUUCAAACAAUGAUAAUAACAGAGAAUGUGAGUCUCUGUUUGACGUUUGAGAUCAGAAAUCCUCUUAGAACACUCUGAAAUUUAUUUCCUUCCCAUAUCUGAUAAAAGUAUUAUUGGUAAUUGUAAAAAAUUAGAAAUAUUUUUUAAACAUUUUUAUUCAUUUAUCCUAAAUUUAUUUUCCCUUUGGCGCGCACACGCGUGCCAUAUUUGUCGAGCGCGCGCUGCUGCUCUGUCACAAAACCCACUGAACGCUCAACAAACUGUCAUCUUCACAAAGCAUUUCCGAAAAACCAGACUACAUUCAUUAUACUGAUGCCAAAUCCAAAACCUUCUAAAUUCCAAUGCACUUUCUCGGCAAACAGCAGCUCGUUUCUGAGCACCUUUCUCAAUUGACGAGCCAAUUUCUCUGUCGAUCCAAUUACCGCCAAGAAAAACAAACAAAAACAACCUCCUCAAAUUAACAACUGGUUCUCGAGGUCAAAGAGGCUAGCUCUCAUGAUGUUUAUCAAUUCUUAGCCGAAAUCGAGCUUUCCGGUUCGAAUUUGAGCGGGGUUGUCGUUGGUCGGGAAAUGGGCUUGAGGUAUAAGUUUGGUUUGGGAUUGAUUUGUAUGGCAGUUCUUAUAUGGGUUGCUUCCGCGGAAAUUACUCAGAGAAUCUUCACUGAAUAUAAACAGCCUUUUGCACUCUCUUAUUUAGGGGUGUCUCUCAUGGUGGUAUAUUUACCAGUGGCAGUUGUCAAAGAUUUGGUUUACAGCUUAUUAAACCCAGAUUUACUCAAUGACCACCAUGAAAAUGAUGGCUCUGUUCCAAGCUCUUCAAUUGGACUUGAUGUUCCUUUGAAAUUUAAUGAAAUACAUUAUAACUUUGAUGAAGGCUUGAAAAGCUGCUUAACUAGUGAUAAAGAUUUGAGUGAAAGAGAAGAGGGACAGCCUUUGAUGUCUAAUUUUGAAUCACAUCAUAAAGUUAGUACAUGGGAAAUCAUUGAACGCAGCCUUUACCUUACUCCCUUAUGGUUCACUACUGAGUACUUCUCGAACUCGGCCCUGGCAAACACGAGUGUUGCUACAGCAACCAUCUUAAAUUCCACAUCAGGCCUUUUUGCCCUGCUGUUUGGAGCUCUUGUUGGACAAGAAUCCAUAACCAUUACCAAGGUGGUUGCUGUUUUCAUUAGUAUGGCUGGGGUUGUCAUGACAACCCUGGGAAAAACUUGGGCAACUAAUGGGUUCCCAGUCAUCUCUGAGUCUCGAGGGAGAACCAUCACCGGGGACAUUUUUUGUCUUCUUUCCGCAGCAAUCUAUGGAUUAUUUACUGUGCUGCUCAAGAAAUUAGCUGGAUCAGGAGGAGACAAGAUUGAUGUGCAGAAGUUCUUUGGAUAUGUUGGUCUAUUUACCAUAGUGGGUCUUUGGUGGCUUGUUUGGCCUCUAACUGCUAUGGGCAUUGAACCUCCUUUCAAGUUUCCUCCCUCAAAAUCCAUCACCGAAAGCGUGGUUUUGAAUGGCUUCGUUGGGAACGUUCUAUCCGAUUACUUUUGGGCCCUCUCUGUGAUUUGGACUUCUCCAUUAGUUUCUAACCUGGGCAUGUCAUUGACAAUUCCCCUUGCUAUGCUGGCCGACAUAGUAUUACACGGUCGUCGCUACUCCACCCUCUACAUUGUAGGUUGUGUUCAGGAUAUCGUAUUUGUAUUCGAGCAUUCGAUACAGAAGCGGGCAGGACGGGAAGUUCUUAGCUCUAUGUUCUGCUGCUUUCUAUUCAGGUAUUUGCUGGAUUUUUCAUAGUGAAUUUUUCAGACAAGAUCUCUGCUGGAGGCAGCCAGUGCCUUUGAAGAUGAGGAGGGUGUACAUAGAUUUGGUAUAAUAUAAUACUGGGAGACACUGAAAGAGCUGGUGGAAACUACUUUGAAACAUGAGACGUAUGAGUAUAUAAUACUGGGUUUUAGAGGGAAAUUGUAAAUAUUUCAAG